CGUGCCGCCAUUUUGUUUUGCUGAGGCGGUGCGAGUGUGUGUUGCGCUGCGUCUCCCGGCUGUGUUUCAGUGUGAAUCAGGGUCCAGCGCUCCGCCGCGGGCUGCACCGGCCUCCCGGGACAACGCUGAGGAGUCCAGCGGUUCUCCAGCCCCAGUCUGAUCGAUACCCGGCGUGUUUAGAGCAUGUCCACGCCUGAGUACUCGCCUUUCUUCGCCGCGAUGGGCGCCUCAGCAGCCAUGGUGUUCAGCGCCCUGGGUGCAGCGUAUGGCACAGCUAAGAGUGGCACAGGGAUUGCAGCGAUGUCGGUGAUGCGCCCUGAGCUGAUCAUGAAGUCCAUCAUCCCCGUGGUCAUGGCAGGGAUCAUCGCCAUCUACGGCCUGGUGGUCGCCGUGCUCAUCGCCAACAGCAUCACCGAGCACAUGGCGCUCUACAAGAGUUUCCUGCACCUGGGGGCGGGGCUGAGCGUCGGCCUGAGCGGAUUGGCUGCCGGUUUUGCCAUCGGCAUUGUGGGAGACGCGGGAGUGCGGGGGACGGCGCAGCAGCCACGCCUCUUUGUCGGCAUGAUCCUCAUCCUCAUCUUCGCUGAGGUGCUCGGUCUGUACGGCCUCAUCGUCGCCCUCAUCCUCUCCACCAAGUAGAUCCCCCAGCAUGCAUCACGGCGGGGAGGGGCGGGGAGAGCGACAGAAGAGCACGAAAACUGGCUUCGUCUCGGGAACUUGGAGGAGCAACAGGCUGUGUCUCACUAACGUUUACACCACUGUCCAUUUCUGUCUCACUGUCCAUUUCUGUCUGUCUCUGUCUCACUGUCCAUGUGCUACACUGGGAAUUAUAUAUUUUUUCUCAUGCUCCUGUGUGUGUGUGUGUGUGGGGGGGAACAGUGUUUAUUUUUAUCCAGUGGUUUUAUUUAUAUACUCGGUGAAAGUGAUAGAAACACCUAUAAAGAUGAUGAUGUAUCCAGGUGUGCAUCGCCUGCUGUGUAUUUCUCCUGGAUGUGGUAAUGGAUUGUAUUAAAGAUGAGUGUCGGCCUUUCUCAGGCUCUCACGGGUUAAAUUUA